AUGUCAAGCAGAAGACGCUCAUCGAGAGCUAAUAAGGGACAACAUUCAAAGAGAAGUCUUGAUGAUUUGUAUGAAUACGGUGAAGACGAGGAAGCCAGGAGUGAACUAAUGUCAAAAAAAUCACACACGGAAAAUGACGACGAAGAUGGCGAUUACCAAGCAGAGGAAACUAACAAGGAUGAAGAAAUAAAUUCAAGUGGAGAUGAUAGUAAUGAUGAUGACGAAGACGAAGUCAGAUGUACACCCUGUGGGACUAAUAAAGACAAUUAUAAUGAGGAGACGGAUGAAGGUGGUAUGAUGAUACAAUGCGAUUCGUGCAAAACAUGGCAACAUGCAAGAUGUAUGGGUUUCAAGUCGACGAGAGAAAUUCCUAAGAAAUAUAUUUGCAACGAAUGUGACAAAUCAAUAAAACCGAAACACGUAUAUGGACAAAAAGAUAAGUGGUCUAUUGAAAAUCUAAGAGAUAGACACAGAUUAAGCUCUGCUAAAGCGUUUUUGGCUUUUUUCAGAAAAGCUAUUCCAGAGUCAUAUUCACUUCCCAAGGGAUUUGGUAAGGAAAGACUUGCCAAUAAAUGGACACUUGACCUCGAGAAAGUAAUAUAUGAACAUGCCCCUAAGAAAUACAACGAAGAAAGCAGGCGAAUUCUUUUUUUAAUCAAAAAGCCGUCAGUGAUCAAGCAAGUAAUCGAUGGUGAAUUAAAAUUCGAUAAGCUAGUCAAAUCUUCCCCCGAAGAGAUAGAUCCCGAUUUGAAGCAGUAUGCUGAAAAAGUACGACAAGAGUCAAUUCGUCGCUCUGUUUUGACUGCUGAUGAGAGCCAGGGCCAGCGAAUUCGUAGAACACAUAAGGGCGAAGAAAUUGUCGAAGAUGUGAAUGCACCUGAACCUGAUCUCGAUUCGAAUAUUAUUAAUAGGCACGUUGAGCGUAGUGAAACCACAGAGGGGCAUCAUCCAUCCCGAGAUAUCAUCGUAAAUGAUUCGAAUAGGAAGAAAUACAUAAAUUAUAAUCUGGAUGAGGAUGAGGAUGACAAUAAUAAUAAUUCUAACGAUACCGAGACUGAGGCUAAUAAUGAUGGCUCCAGUUUUAUCAAAAGAAAUGAAAAUGGCUUUAAUGGAGAAUCUAAGACAGAAGAUACCGAAAAGAUUGCUGUUGAUCAAGAGGGUGAGUCUAACAAUGAAGAUUCUAUUCCAGACUUAGAAGAAGAUGAAGAUUUACAAUAUAUUAUCACUGGAAAGAGACUGCUGUCAGAAGCGAGAAAUGAAGACCAGAAACCUAAGCGGAAUUUGCCACAGCUUCUCGAAACGCAUAUAUGGGAUGGAGCAAUUACCUUUCCAGAUUUUGCAUCUUUCAAUGCUAAGGCAGAAUUUUACUCUUGCUCUGGCUAUCAAUUACCUACAACCGCCGAUGCUGCCAAUUUGCACAACAGGUUUAUAAGAACGUCACGAGCGAUUCUUUUGCACCCACGAUACGAAGUUGAAGGACGAUUAGAUGCGGACAGAGCCGUGAGCUAUUUAAAUAAAAUAGUAUCCACAAGAGAUUUGUUUUUGGUGCACUUGGAACCUACUGAGAAUUAUGAUGACUUCAAAAGGUUGUUAGGGUAUCUAGCAGAUAGGAAAAAAGUGGGUGUCCUUUCUGGGAAACCUUCGUUUGUCAAAGAUUCGUAUCUUUUUCCGGUUGAUUUCUCUAGUUAUAGUUUGCCUGAUUUUUUGAAGCCUUUCAGAAAAGAUGGGACAUCGUUAGGUCUUUACGCUCUUUUUGUGGUCAAGAAGGAUUACGUUCCACCUGCUCCUGGAAUACUUAAGAAGAAAACAGUUUCGUUUGCUCAGGAAAGUGAUACAGGGAAUUCCCAGUUGUCAUCUAUCCUCAAGCAACUUAACGAAGGAAGUUCACUGCUAGGGGACAAUAUUUCGAUUAAUUCAAGUUAUGUUUCAGAAAAAGUUGAUUUUUCUGACAAAAGUAAAGGAAUUCUCUCAAAUCUAACGCAAGAUCAACGAAGAAUAUUGGAAGAUGUUUGCAGGCAAAAUCCUCAAAUUGCUGAGAACCCAGAAGCUUACUUUAAUUUACUACAGUCUUAUUUGGUUAAUGGAAACACUAGCAUUGCAACAGGUUAUCAAGGCAAUUGA